AUGAAUGCUUGCUUUAAUCAAGAAUCACAAAAGUUAAACCCAAUAUACUUGAUGCAAUUUUUAAUACCAGCAGAGAGCUUUAUAGCGAUGAGAGGAACACUUAUGGUUAUUCUUAUGAAAAUUUCAUCACUGUCAUUUGAUUUGGACAAUAGUUCGUUAUCAUCCGAUAAAAAAAUCCCUUAUUUGUCAUUUUUAUCUUAUACGAUUGAUCCAUCGAGUAUAGUGUUUGGAUCUUGGGUAUCAUAUACACAUUUCGUAGAUUCUUUGAAACUCCAAACAUUGAAGGAGGAAUUAUAUGAUCUUCUUUAUGGUUCGUUACUUAUAUCAUUGUCGCUUAUUUUUGUUAUUUAUUCUUCAUGCGUUGUUAAUGAGUUGUUCAGUGGAAUAUUCUUCUGGCAUCAAUUUGGUGUCGCUCAGUCUUUUCGGUUUAGUCAUUAUUUCAUUUGUUGGUUAUCAGCUGGUGUUUUGCGUAUUUCUGGAAUAAAUACGGGUUUUAUUAGUGAAUGGUAUCGAAUUGAAUGGCCUCGUUCAUUGGUCGAUGUAGUUAUUUCGUGGAAUAUCCCAAUGCAUAAUUAUUUGCAUAAAUAUGUUUUUGUCGAAGCGAAGCGAUUUGGUACAUCAGUAGCAGUUUUUAUAACCUAUUUUAUUAGUUCGUUUCUUCAUGGCAUAAAUUUUCAAAUUUCGGCAGUACUUUUAUCACUGGGAUUCUAUACGUUCGCCGAAGCAAAAAUAAGAAAUCGGUUGAGUAAACGCUUAAAUUGUUGUAUUGGUGCUAGAAAGUGUCGAGAAAAUUGUAAACAUAUGUAUAAGGAAGUCAGAGUUUUGAAUUAUGGAUAA